AGGAACAAGAUGAAUAUGGAUGUUUGUGGACUUGGUGUUUUAUGCUGUUUACGACGCUAUCAAGCGCCUAGACACAACCAAGAUGUCAAUACAGCACAAGUCCAGCUAGAUACUUCACAUAUGGGACAUGAAGUUGUAAUCGUUAAAUCAGGACGACGAAUAUGUGGAUCUGGUGCAGCUUUGGCAAACGCUCCUUUGCUGCAGAAUAAGUGCUAUUUCGAAGCGAAAAUUCAAUCUGGAGGAGUGUGGGGGAUUGGAAUAGCAACAAAGAGAGUUGAUUUGAAUAAGCUUCCCCUUGGUUGUACAGCUGAUAGCUGGGUUUUGAGAUCAGAAGGAAGUGUAGCUCAUAAUAAUAUAAUAAAACAUAGACUUACAUCAACACCUGAAGAAGGAGAUAUAAUUGCAUGUUCAUUUGAUCAUGUAGAAGUCAACUUUUAUCUUAAUGGAAAACACUUACAUUGUCCACUUACUGGCUUCAAAGAAACUGUUUWUCCUGUUAUAUAUGUUGAUGAUGGUACAAUAGUGGAUGUAAACUUUAAAGAUUUUGUUUAUGAGCCGCCCAAUGGAUUCACUGGGAUUAUGUUUGAGAAGUCUUUAUUAUGAAAUUAUUUAUAUUAUAUAUGUAUUAUAUUGACAAUCAUUACAAAAUAUGUAAAAUAUAUAAGACAAAUCAAAAUUAGUCUUCUUCAGAAUUUUGGAAUGAAAGGCAUUUUCAACACUCUAUCCUUAGAAACUCAGGUGCUUUUGAGYUGGGGUCUGGGAGAUUGAGGCAGGUGGACAGAAAGAGGGGAAAGAAUCCUACAUUUUCACCUAAUAUGCAAUAGCCCCUAGGGUUCAAAGAUAGACUUGAAGUUACUAUUUUUUUUGCUGCGUAUUCAUGUUCUUAUAUCCUUAUAUAAAUACUUAGAUAAAUCCUUAGAUAAAGUUCCAACAAAACUGAUCUUGAUAGUUUUUUCAUUGUAUCUGUACUUUGUUUUGUGUUUGUGUCCAUUUGAUUGCAUGUUCAUGGGCAGACUUUUUAUUACUCCAAUCCUAGCCUCCUUUAACCCACUCUCRGACUUGUAAGGAAAGAGAGUCCAGUAUAUUUUGCAUGYGCAUGUACAGAACACGCUAAUCGGAUUAAGUUUCAUUUGUACUCAUCAUAAUAAUUCCAAUCACUCCAGUUUUCAGUGGAGUGUUAACAAUAUUCACAACCUAGUGCUGGGUUGUUCAAAAUUGAUUAGCGUUAAUCCAGGGUUAACUCCAUAGGUUUUCUAAGAGUUAACCCAGGAUUAGCACAAAUUGGGCUUUGAACAACCAGCCCUGCAGUGAGCGCUAAAUGGUAAUAAUCUUAUCACACUGCAAGUGUAAAGAAUUGCGUCAUUUUAUUGAUAGUAAUCAUGGAUGCAAAUGACUUCAUAUCUGUCAUUCUAACAUCUUGUUAAAUUGCACAAGAAUUGUAACCUCAUGAUCCUUACAUGGCAAGGUAACUAGGUUGACAUGCGCUUUCAAGUUUUAAUGGACUCUCUUUUACCCAAUUAAUGGAGUGAAUCAAAAGGGAGGCCAGGACUUGACUAAUUUUUGAUAUCAUUUGAUAGUGCAAGUUUUAGUUUUUACGAAUUUUUUGGGUCACAUUUUUACAAUUACAUUUUUACAAUCCAGAACUCGUUGAAUACAGUAAGAAUAUGUAUAAAAUAAACAUUUAUUGAAUAAACAGGAAAAUAA